AUGGUUUCAGUUUCAACAGAUACUAUUCUGUUUGACCUGGAGACAGUCUGCAUCCAUGAAAGACUAGUCGUCCCCAUGCCAUUUCUGGAAGAAUUAGCAUUGCUUACUCCUGUGGGCAUUGCUCAUCAUUUAACAUCACUUGAGGGAUACAGAUAUCCCUGCCCAGUGAACAAUCUCACAGACGUGACAGAAUUCCUGCUAGUGGGAUUUUCUGAAAUCUGGGAGCUACAGAUACUACAUGCUGGAUUGUUUACUCUGAUUUAUUUUGCAGCACUGAUGGGAAACCUUCUCAUCAUUGUGGUCACUACUCUUGAUCAUUAUCUUCAUACACCCAUGUACUUCUUCUUAAAGAACCUCUCCUUUUUGGAUUUGUGCUACAUCUCAGUCACUGUGCCUAAGUCAAUUCAUAAUUCCUUGAUGAAUAGAAGCUCAAUCUCUUAUCUUGGUUGUGUAGCCCAAGUGUACUUUUUCUUUGCUUUUGCAUCUGCUGAACUGGCCUUUCUCACUGUCAUGUCCUAUGACCGCUAUGUUGCCAUUUGCCACCCUCUCCAGUAUGGAGCCAUUAUGACAGCAGGAAAAUGCCAUCAAAUGGCAGGCAUAGCCUGGUUAAGCUGCUUUUCUUAUGCAGCAAUCCAUACAGGCAACAUAUUUUGGGAGCCCAUUAGAAGAUCCAACAUCAUCCACCAGUUCUUCUGUGACAUCCCUCACAUGUUGUCUCUAGUUUCCUGUGAAGCUUUCUUUGUUGAAUUUGUAACCCUGGCCCUGAGUUCCUGUCUAGUACUAGGAUGUUUCUUUCUUAUGGUUACUUCCUAUGUUCAAAUCUUUUCAACUGUGUUCAAAAUUCCUUCAGUUGAGAGUCGGGCAAAGGCUUUAUCUACCUGCUCGCCACAACUGAUUGUCAUUAUGCUCUUUCUCACCACAGGACUCUUUGCUGCCUUAGGGCCAAUUACCCAGACAUCAUCCAUUCAAGAUUUGGUGAUUGCUAUGGCAUAUACAGUUUUUCCUCCCUUUCUAAAUCCCAUAAUAUACAGUCUUAGAAACAAGGAGAUCAAAGCAGCUAUCUGGAGACAACUAGGGAAAAUUAAUUCUCAGCUAAAAUAG